UGUAUUUCAGGCUGCGAAGGUUGGGUGGAAAGUUUGUACCAGAAUGCGCUCAAUUCCUGAGGAAUUAACAACCCUGGUUUCAGAUCUGGAGAGCUUUCUCACCGAUGUUCUGAAAACAGAGAAUUUGAGCAAGAAAGCUAAAGAAAAACGGGAUUCCUUCAUCAAACGGAUCAAAGAAAUCAAAGUCAGCUACGGUCAAGACUUCAAGGAAAAACGGGAUGCAGAUGACUCUGAUGAAUUUGAUGAAGGAGACAGCAACAAUGAAGCUGGUUCACUCCACUCGGAACGUACAGACAAGGAUGAUGAAGGCUGCUACGAUGGAUCUCAGCAGUCCCCUCCAGUGGCGGCACAGGACUUGCCGGCCGUCUUUAAAUGCGGCUACCUAGAGAAACGCAGAAAAGAUCACAGUUUCUUCGGGACAGAGUGGCAGAAAAGGUGGUGUGCCCUGAGCAACAACACAUUCUACUACUAUGGAAGUGAGAAAGAUAAACAACAGAAAGGGGAAUUUAAUAUCGAAGGCUACUCUGUAAAAAUGAACAAUACUUUACGAAAAGACUCGAAGAAAGAUUGCUGCUUCGAGAUUUCUGCCCCAGAUAAACGAGUCUAUCAGUUCUGUGCUUCCUCUCAGAAAGAGGCGGAGGACUGGGUAGAACAGCUGGGCUUUCUGCUGAAAGAUAUGGAAUCUGGCAUCAUUCCUCUGGAAGAGGACCUGGAGACAUAUGAUGAUGUAGGAGUUCCUCAGAGCCACGGCAUUCCAGCCUCCGCCCACACUGACGAAGACAUUUACGAAGAGCUCCCUGAGGAGGAGCUUCCUAAACCCACCCAGCCAAUCAUAGAAGUGAAGAACAAGCCCACACCUCCACCCCCAACACCAGCAGUCAAUAAGAGCACUGAUUAUCAGAACUACUAUCAGGGAAUGUGGGACUGUACGGGUGACUACCCUGAUGAGCUCUCCUUCAAACGAGGCGAUGCCAUCUACAUCUUGAGUAAGGAGUAUCAGAGUUUUGGCUGGUGGGUGGGAGAACUGAAGGGAGCCAUUGGCAUCGUGCCAAAAGAUUACCUGAUGGAACUCUACACCCUCUGAGGUACCAGGAGAUGCUACCCCUUGUGGAUCAAAGCUAGAAGCCAUGGUGACAGACCACACAACACAGAUUCUCUUCUAUUA